UUUUUUUUUACUAAUAUAUAAUAUAUCAUGGCUUCAACAGACGUGAGUCCCGAGCAAUACAAGGCCAUCAAGGAUGUUGUUCUGACCGACUUUAUCGACAAAAACGGAGAAACAACAUUCAAAGCGCAUGAACUUUGGAAAGAAAAGCCGGCUAUAGUCAUUGUUAUCCGUCGUCCUGGUUGCCCUUUCUGCCGUGAAGAAGUCCGCAUCCUGGAUGAGCAUCGCAAUAUUAUCGAGAAGCAAAUGGGUUUCCGAAUGGCCGUGGUUUUGCAUGAGAAGCUUGGAGCAACAACUUUCAAAAGGGAUUAUUGGAAUGGUGGCGAGACCUAUUGGGAUGAAUCUAAAGGAUUUUACAAAGCACUUGGUGGCGGGCAGCUUCGAUGGGCAUCAUUAGAUCAAUUGAUCCGUCCAAGUCUAUGGUUCAACGCUAUUCGUAACUUGCGUUCAGGCGUGCGCGGAAACCUGCUAGUGGGUGAAGGGCGUAUCUUUGGAGGACUCUAUAUUGUUCGUAAAGGCGAUGAAGGUAUUGCCUACAAGUUUGAAGAAACCGUCCUUGGCAAUAUCGCACCAAUUGGUGAUAUCUUGAAGGUCUGUAGCGAUAUUUCUGGAGUGGAUCUCACUGAGGCUUCUGUACAAAGAGCAAAGGCUCAGGAGGCACAGGUGCAAGAGCGUGCUGAUGCUGCUGCUGCCAAAGGACAGACUGAAUGCAAUUCAGAUGUUUGUGAAUUUCCACCAUCCAAACUUUGAAAUGAUAAAUAUUAAAUAAACGUUCAUCUGUAUACCG